AUGGUGCCGAUCCCUCGUAUAACGGGUCCAGGCUCCAGGGCUUGUUAUUACCACAUGAGGGUCGAAAAUUGGGAGAUUGACAUAUCUGCCAGCCUACUUGCUAUGCGCGAGAAGUAUUUCCUCAAACGCCCGACAACCAGCGCCGCGGUCUCCCUUCGUACCUGUAGCCACUCGAAACCGCCCGGAGUAUCAAGCACGAAAGGCAAAUUCCAGAGGCCCGUGAUGCACCUGGAUUGUGCGCGGUUCCCUCCUUUGUUAGAUAUGUAUCUCGACAAGAUGACCCGUACAAGCAUUCAAUUAAAGUGUGAUUUGACACCCGAUCGUAAUCUCGCUUAUGGGCUGCCAAACGACCACCCGGCGCUCUCCGUCUCCAAAUGUCGUAGGCCCGUUGUGACCCUUAGAACUCGUUGCAGGGGGAAAGCAACCAAAAAGAUUAGCACGCGGGAGAGAGCUAGCGAGGGCGGGCGAUCGACACGUGGCGGGUGGAAAGAGGCCGUUACGUCCAGAUCGGGUACAGUUUCUCUUCGUGAUGCAAUUCCAAAUACCGUCGAAGAAAUCAGCCAAUGGAGAACAGCGCAAAACUUUGUUGGAACCCUGUUGUCAUUCUUGGUUGGUUCCAAGUUGGUUCAUAACUUUCGUGUUGAUGCGUUGAAAUCGCCGAUUGGGCCACAGCUCCGUCUAUCGUAG